AUGAUUCAUGAUAUUUUAUCCAAAUCGGAGAUGAACGCAUUCCAAGCAGUUGUGCCUAAUAAUCACCCGGCUCGAAUAGACUCAUUGCCGAAUCGGGGGGACCCAAGCCGGGACAAUUCGCCUUCGAUUUCUUCGCAUGCACGACUAUCUGCUAAUCCGGACAGUGUCCCGGAUCAGGAUUCGUUGGAAAUAACAGUUUGUCCAAAAGUAUUCCACAGUAGAUCGUCUGUAUCUCCACAAACCAGAGUACCCUCUCCCACGCACUCCUUGGUCUCGGAUAGAGCUGAAUCUCGCUCUGGUCAAGAAGGAAUGGACACGAGCUCCUCCUGGUCAGAUGCAGACAGUUCUGAAGCAGAUCGGUCAAUUCAUUGCAGAGAAGAACAACAACAGACACCAACAUCGCAUUUGUCUGGACAACAACAACAACAGUCACAAACAGAUAUGAUCACACAUCGCUCCGGUUCGACGAGAGCCAAUUGCAAGAAACCCGGUCCGUACACGUGUGUAGGUUCCGGACCGUCCGGAUCGGCCACAGGCGGAUGCAAAUCGAAGAAGCCACGCAAAGCACGUACCGCGUUCACAGACGUGCAACUUCACGAAUUGGAGCAGAUGUUCGAUCGUCAAAAGUAUCUGAGUGUUCAGGACCGGAUGGAAUUGGCCGAACGAUUGCAGUUGACAGACACCCAGGUGAAAACGUGGUACCAAAACAGAAGGUACGUCAUCUUGACAGCCAUAACACUUCAUAUCACCGUGACUAUCAGUUAUGGUAAAUACUAUGAGUAUUGA